CAAUAACAAGGCAGUUAAAGUUAGAAGUCGUGUUCAAAGAACUUAUAAGAUAUCAGAAAAACUUACCGUUAUUCAAGAAGCAAAAUGGAUUGGUGUUUUGGCUACUUCACGUUGCUUUGCAAAUGGUAACAAACUCCCUCCCAUAGUAAUUUUUAAAGGUGUACGAAUUUCCUCUAAUCUGCCUUGUGGCAUUGUUGUAUGUAUGCAUAAAAGUGCCUGGAUGGACGAAAAUUUGAUGAGUGAAUGGAUUAACCAAGUUUGGAACAAGCGACCUGGAGCAUUAAUUGUAAACAAACCUUUGUCUUUGCUUGUGAUGAAUUCAUUCGAAGGACAUCUUACUGAUAUUGUAAAAAAUAAAUAUGCAAUUAAUAAUAUUCAUAAAGCUAUUAUUCUGGAAUGUUUAAUAUCAAUCAUACAACCUUUGGAU